GAAGUACAAAGGAAAAGGAAUUUUCUCUUUUCAAAUGCCUUAAUUAGUGAUUGCUCAAAGAAGCAUCAUUCAUUAAACUGCAUAAAUAAAGAGAACAUACUAAAGAAGAGGUCUUAAAGUACAAUUUGUCUUUAUAUAUCUACAAUAAUGAAAGAUGCUGAUCUAGUAAAUUAGCUAUUAUUAAAUGUGAAAUAUUAAUGAAUAUAGGGUAGUUAUAAAGCCUAUUCAUGUCGUUUCAUGUCUUUCGUUUUUGUGUAGGUCUUCAAUACAAUCACCUAUUAAUUGGCUCAGUACUAAUGUCAGUAGUAAUGUCUGCUAAUUAUCUGAACAUUUAAGAAAGCUAAAAAAUAUAGUGCAAUUUGUGAAAGAUCGAUAUGUUUUCAAAUAUCGAAAAAUGUAUAAUGUUUGUGGAUCUCUCUAAUAUUGUUUCUAUCGAUAUUAACUAACGUAGAUGUCUGAUAUAUAAAGUUCGUAAAUACAACUUCUUUCGAAAUUUUAUUUCUGAUUAUAAAUAAUUUUAAGUAAGAUGGAGAGAGAUAUAAAUAAUUAUGUAUGUAUUAAUAAACAAGUUUUAAAGUUUGUUGGCCUUUAUCCAACAAAUAUUAUGAGAUAUAUCAUAUGUUUAGUGUUUAUGUUUACCAUUGUUAUACCGCAAACAAUGCAAAUUUAUCAAAAUUGGAACGAUUUGGCUAUAGUAUUGGAAACGAGUUCAGUAUUGUUCACUAUCUUACUUGCCAUAUUAAAAUCAUUGGUUUGGAUAAGCAACAGAAGAAAAAUGGAUUUUUUUAUAGAAUAUAUGUUAACAGAUUAUUGGGAAAUAAUGACGGCAUAUGUUUCGAAACAUACAAAUGUAUAUGCAAUAUAUGUGAGAAAAGGAUUUAUAUUUACUAAAGGAUAUUUAUUCUUAAUUUGUAAUUCUUUAGCAUUUUUCUUUAGUCUACCUAUAAUUGAAAUAUUUGUUACUAUAAUCAAAAAUACCAACGAUAAUAACACAACAAAGCAUUUUCCAUUUAUAGCUUUAUAUCCAGAUAAUUAUUAUAAUUUUCCGAUGUAUGAGAUUAUAUAUCUCUCGCAAAUGAUAGCAACAAGCUUAUGUGGUCUUGUUAUUCUGGGAACUGAUACUUUAAUUGCAACAGCACUAUUUCAUACAUGUGGUCAAUUUAAAGUACUUCAUAAAAAGAUAGAAAAUAUUAACAUUGAAAUUGAUUACAUAAAACAUGCAUACACUGAAGAAAGUAUUGUGCAAAAUAUUAAAUUACAAAUAAUAGCUAUUAUUAAACAUCAUCAUAUAGUUCUUUGGUUUUGUGAUUAUAUGGAAACAAUUUUUAGUUCAAUGUUAUUUCUACAAACAUUAGCUAGUAGUCUCAUAAUGUGUCUAGUAGGUUUCCAAAUUGCAACUGCAAAUAUAACAGCAAGUACAAUCUCUAAAUUUGUUAAAUACAUCUCAUAUUUAAUCAUGGCACUUUUUCAAUUACUGCUUUUUUGCAUUCCUGGUGAUGCUCUGAUAUACGAGAGUUCUAUAAUAAGUAAAAUCAUGUAUAGUACUUGUUGGUAUGAAUUACCAAUUUCAUUUAAAACUGAGAUAUGUUUACUUAUGUUGCGUAGUCAAAAAUCUAAUAAGAUUACCGCAGGAAAAAUUUAUGUAAUGAAUUUGGAGAAUUUUAAUGCGGUGUUGAGCACUGCUAUCUCAUAUUUUAUGCUACUUCGAAGUUUUAAUUUAGAUGAAACUAACGUCCAAUUAUAAUUGAAUGAAGUUGCAUGAUUGCAUAAUAGAUUAUAUAUAUUAACUAAGAAUUAUAAUAUUU